AUGCGCCGCCGGGUGCUGGGGGCGGGCAGGGACGCGAAAGGGAGACAGGCGUCGCCCAGGGCCAUCCCCGCGGAGCCGGGAGGACACCCCGAGGCCGAGGCGAGGACGCGCGCUGGCCCGAGGGCGGGAGCCCAGGUGAGUCCGGGCGCCGGCAGGGCCCCAGGGGCGGCGGGGGCGUGGCCCGCGGGCGCGAGGACCGGGGGAAGCGCGAGGCCGCGCCCCCGGGGGCUGGCUCUGCGGAGGCUGAGGCCGCAGUCGGGGGCCGCAGGGAACCCGGGCCGUGGGUCUUGCGCCGUCGGGAAGGACAGUAGGCUGAAACUGCCUAGACUAGGGCGUCUGGAGCAUCGGAAAAGGGAGGAAAGGUCUGAGGGAGCGGGCCGGGCCUUGCUGGCCUCUGAAUGCGCCCGGAAGUAUGAGGCGCAUUGGGAGCCUUGA